AUGCUGCCUGUUGGUUCGAAAUGGUCACCACGCCCUGGUGUAACUCUCCUUGGGGAUGCUGCACGUCUCAUGACCCCAUUCGCGGGUGUCGGAGUGAACGCAGCACUGGCCGACGCCCUGGACCUGUCAAGAGUGCUGCUGAAGCGAAAGGUCAACUUCGAAGCUGACCUACCCGACAAUCUGGCCGACGCUCUACAAGAAUACGAAGGACCCAUGUUUGAGCGCGCGAGAGAAAACAUGGAGAAGACGUGGGGCGGGCUGCAACACCACUUCAGUGCAAACGGGGUUGACGAUCGCGGUAGAGCGAAGCAGAGAGAAGCGGCAAAGCUGGGAGAAGAAGCAGAGUUGAGGGAAAAAGCAAAGCGGUGGGAACAAGGCACGCUUCCGAGCCUCUCGCUCCAGCAGCGCGUUUGA